CGGGCCGCGCCGGGCGGAGCCGGGGCCGGAGCAGCAUCAGGACUCGGAGCCCGAGGGAACGAUCGGCGCACUGGCAGCCGGGGCCCGAGUGCGCUCCGAGGGCGCGGCGAGGCCGAAGGGGCGGGCGCCGGGCGGAGCCGCAGCCGGAGCCGGGGCGCCUGGAGGCGAGCGGGCCGCUCUCUCCGAGCUCAGAGCAGUGGAGAGACCAUUCGACGAGGGCCGGGGCCUGAGCGCAGUGUUGCUGCUGAGGUGGGCCGGGAGGAACCGCGGCCCGAGUGCCUAGAGCGGCACCCGGACCCUCCCCGGGGGUGCGGAGGCCGGGCGGGCCCGGGCCAUGCGCGCCGCUCUCUGAAGCCAAGCGAGGCCGAGAUGGAGGCGCCGGCGGGGGAGUCCCCGGCCCGGGGCUGCGGCCCCCCGCCCGCGCCCACCCCAGAGAGGAAGAAGAGCCACCGCGCGCCGUCUCCGGCCCGGCCCAAGGACGUGGCCGGCUGGUCGUUGGCCAAGGGCCGCCGCGGCCCAGGCCCGGGAGCUGCAGCCGCCUGCAGCGCCGCGUCCUCCGCACGAACUGAUAAGAAGGGGCGCACCCUGGCGCCCGGGACGCGGGGCUCAGGGCCGCGGGUCGCGGGGGUCCGCACUGGAGUUCGUGCCAAGGGCCGCCCGCGCCCGGGUACCGGGCCGAGACCGCCUCCACCGCCCCCGAGCCUCACCGACAGCAGCUCUGAGGUGUCGGACUGUGCCUCGGAGGAGGCGCGCCUGCUGGGCCUGGAGCUGGCUCUGAGCAGCGACGCUGAGUCGGCGGUCGGGGGCCAGGCGGGGGCCCGCACAGGGCAGCCGCCCCAACCCGCGCUGCCGGCACAGCAGCCUCCGCGGCCGCCCGCCUCCCCCGAUGAGCCGUCGAUGGCCGCGUCGUCGGUGGGCAGCAGCCGCCUGCCACUGAGUGCCUCGCUCGCCUUCUCCGACCUCACUGAGGAGAUGCUGGACUGCGGGCCUGGCGGCUUCGUGCGAGAGCUGGAGGAGCUGCGCUCGGAGAACGACUAUCUCAAGGAUGAGAUCGAGGAGCUGCGGGCAGAGAUGCUGGAGAUGAGGGACGUCUACAUGGAGGAGGAUGUGUACCAGCUGCAGGAGCUGCGCCAGCAGCUGGACCAGGCCAGCAAGACCUGCCGCAUCCUGCAGUACCGGCUGCGCAAGGCUGAGCGCCGCAGCCUCCGUGCCGCGCAGACUGGCCAGGUGGACGGCGAGCUCAUUCGAGGCCUGGAACAGGAUGUCAAGGUCUCUAAGGACAUCUCCGUGCGGCUGCACAAGGAGCUCGAGGUGGUGGAGCAGAAACGGGCGCGCCUGGAGGAGGAGAACGAGGAGCUGCGGCAGCGGCUCAUCGAGACCGAGCUGGCUAAGCAGGUGCUGCAGACGGAGCUGGAGCGGCCCAGAGAGCAUUCCUUGAAGAAAAGAGGGACCCGUUCCCUGGGGAAGACGGACAAGAAGCCUUCGGUGCAGGAGGACAGCGCAGAUUUGAAGUGCCAGCUGCACUUUGCAAAGGAGGAGUCGGCCCUCAUGUGCAAGAAGCUCACCAAGCUGGUCAAGGAGAACGACAGCAUGAAGGAGGAGCUGCUCAAGUACCGCUCCCUGUACGGUGAUCUGGACAGCGCCCUGUCGGUGGAGGAGCUGGCCGAUGCGCCCCAUUCUCGGGAGACUGAGCUGAAGGUACACCUGAAGCUGGUGGAGGAAGAGGCCAACCUGCUGAGCCGCCGCAUUGUGGAGCUGGAGGUGGAGAACCGAGGCUUGCGGGCCGAGAUGGAUGACAUGAAGGAUCACAGUGGCUGUGGUGGGGGCCCGGAGGCGCGCCUGGCCUUCUCCGCGCUGGGUGGCAGUGAGUGUGGGGAGAGCCUGGCAGAGCUGCGGCGACACCUGCAGUUCGUGGAGGAGGAGGCGGAGCUGCUGCGGCGCUCCUCGGCCGAACUCGAGGACCAGAACAAGCUGCUGCUGACCGAGCUGGCCAAGUACCGUUCAGAGCAUGAGCUGGAUGUGACCCUGUCGGAGGACAGCUGCUCGGUGCUCAGCGAGCCCUCACAGGAGGAGCUGGCGGCCGCCAAGCUGCAGAUCGGUGAGCUCAGUGGUAAAGUCAAGAAGCUCCAGUAUGAGAAUCGUGUGCUCCUGUCCAACCUCCAGCGCUGCGACCUCGCCUCCUGCCAGAGAACAAGGCCAAUGCUGGAGACAGAUGCUGAGGCGGGGGACUCGGCCCAGUGUGUUCCCGCUGCCCUCGGCGAGCCCCACGGCCCCCAUGCCACCCGGCUCUGCAGAGCCAGGGAGGCCGAGGCACUGCCUGGUCUCAGGGAGCAGGCUGCCCUGGUCAGCAAGGCCAUCGACGUCCUGGUAGCCGAUGCUAAUGGCUUCUCGGCCGGCCUCCGCCUGUAUCUGGACAAUGAGUGUGCCGACUUCCGGCUGCAUGAGGCCCCCGACAACAGCGAGGGCCCCAGGGACACCAAGCUCAUCCACGCUAUCCUGGUUCGGCUGAGUGUGCUCCAGCAGGAGCUCAACGCCUUCACGCGGAAGGCGGACGCAGCCCUCGGGAGUUCUGCCAAGGAGCCGCAAGAGCCCUUCUCGUCGCUGACCCCCCUGGGCUCCCAGGGGUCCUCCAAGGAGAUUCUUCUGGCCAAAGACCUGGGCUCAGACUUCCAGCCACCCGACUUCAGGGACCUGCCGGAAUGGGAGCCCAGGGUACGAGAGGCCUUCCGCGCUGGCGACCUGGACUCCAAGCCGGACCCCAGCCGGAGCUUCAGGCCUUACCGAGCUGAGGACAACGAUUCCUAUGCCUCCGAGAUCAAGGAGCUGCAGCUGGUGCUGGCUGAGGCCCAUGACAGCCUCCGCGGCCUGCAAGAGCAGCUCUCCCAGGAGCGGCAGCUACGGAAGGAGGAGGCCGACAGCUUCAACCAGAAAAUGGUCCAGCUGAAGGAGGACCAGCAGAGGGCGCUCCUGAGGCGCGAGUUCGAGCUGCAGAGCCUGAGUCUCCAGCGCAGGCUGGAGCAGAAAUUCUGGAGCCAGGAGAAGAACAUGCUGGUGCAGGAGUCCCAGCAGUUCAAGCACAACUUCCUGCUACUCUUCAUGAAGCUCAGGUGGUUCCUCAAGCGCUGGCGGCAGGGCAAGGUUUUGCCCAACGAGGGGGAUGACUUCCUUGAGGUAAAUAGCAUGAAGGAGCUGUACCUGCUGAUGGAGGAAGAGGAAUUAAAUGCCCAGCAUUCUGAUAACAAGACCUGCACGGGGGACAGCUGGACCCAAAACACGCCCAAUGAGUACAUUAAGACGUUGGCCGACAUGAAGGUGACGCUUAAGGAACUCUGCUGGCUGCUCCGAGAUGAACACCGUGGUCUGACUGAGCUUCAACAGCAGUUUGCCAAGGCCAAGGCUACCUGGGAGAUGGAACGGGCAGAGCUCAGAAGCCACACCACCCAGAUGGAGCUGAAGGCUGGGAAGGGGGCUGGGGAGCGGGCAGGGCCUGACUGGAAGGCCACCCUGCAGAGGGAGCGGGAGGAGCAGCAGCACCUCCUGGCUGAGUCCUACAGAGCUGUCAUGGAGCUGACGCGGCAGCUGCAGAUCAGCGAGCGCAACUGGAGCCAGGAGAAGCUGCAGCUGGUGGAGCGGCUUCAGGGUGAGAAGCAGCAGGUGGAGCAGCAGGUAAAGGAACUGCAGAACCGCCUGAGCCAGCUGCAGAAGGCUGCCGACCCCUGGGUCCUGAAGCACUCGGACUUGGAGAAGCAGGACAACAGCUGGAAAGAGACCCGCAGUGAAAAGAUCCACGACAAGGAGGCCGUUUCUGAAGCCGAGCUUGGGGGAACUGGCUUAAAGAGGACCAAAUCUGUUUCCUCCAUGUCUGAGUUUGAAAGCUUGCUGGACUGCUCCCCUUACCUUGCCAGUGAAGCCACCCGGGGCAAGAAGCUGCCCAACAACCCUGCCUUUGCCUUUGUGGGCCCGCAGCCAGUGGACGCAGAGAAGGAUGCCCAGGCACAGCCACGGGACUGCAGCCACCUGGGUGCCCUGGGCUGCCAGGACCCGGCAGGGAGGCAGAUGCAGCGCAGCUACACGGCUCCAGACAAGACAGGCAUCCGUGUCUACUACAGCCCCCCGGUGGCCCGGCGCCUGGGUGUCCCUGUGGUCCACGAUAGGGAGGGCAAGAUCAUCAUCGAGCCUGGCUUCCUCUUCACCACCGCCAAGCCCAAAGAGUCCGCCGAGGCCAACGGGCUGGCAGAGAGUUCCUAUGGUCGGUGGCUGUGCAACUUCUCACGGCAGCGCCUGGACGGAGGCUCGGGGGGCAGCCCCUCGGCAGCCGGGCCAGGCUUCCCAGCAGCCCUGCACAACUUGGAGAUGUCGGGCAACAUGAGCGACGACAUGAAGGAGAUCACCAACUGUGUGCGCCAGGCCAUGCGCUCGGGUUCACUGGAGAGAAAAGUGAAGAGCACGUCCAGCCAGACGGUGGGCCUGGCCAGUGUGGGCACGCAGACCACCCGCAUGGUCAGCGUGGGCCUGCAGACCGACCUGCCUCGCAGCAGCCUCCACAGCAAGAGCUGGUCACCCCGCAGCUCCUCGCUCGUGUCGGUGCGCAGCAAGCAGAUCUCUUCCUCCCUAGACAAGGUGCACUCGCGCAUCGAGCGGCCCUGCUGCUCACCCAAGUACGGCUCCCCGAAGCUCCAGAGGCGGUCCGUGUCCAAGCUGGACGGCGCCAAGGACCGCAGCCUGUGGAACCUGCACCAGGGCAAGCAGAAUGGCUCGGCUUGGGCCCGCUCCACCACCACGCGGGACAGCCCCGUGUUGAGGAACAUCAAUGACGGGCUGUCCAGCCUCUUCAGUGUGGUGGAGCACUCGGGAAGCACAGAGUCCGUCUGGAAACUGGGCGUGUCCGAGUCCCGGGCCAAGCCCGAGCCCCCCAGGUACGGCAUCGUGCAGGAGUUCUUCCGCAACGUGUGCGGCCGGGCCCCAAGCCCCACCUCGGCCGCCGGGGAGGAGAGCACCAAGAAGCCAGAGCCCGUCUCCCCAGCCAGCUACCAUCAGUCGGAAGGCAUGGCCAGGAUCCUGAACAAGAAGGCAGCCAAGUCAGGCAGCAGCGAGGAGGCCAGACUCUCCGUGCCCCCGGGGAAAGAUGGUGUCCUCCGGGACGCGGACGGAAGCCCGGUCCUUCCCAGUGAGGAUGCUGUUUGCGACUGUAGCACCCAGUCUCUCACCUCCUGCUUCGCCCGGUCAUCCCGCUCGGCCAUUCGCCACUCUCCUUCCAAGUGCAGGCUUCACCCUUCAGAAUCCAGCUGGGGCGGAGAGGAGAAAGCAGCCCCUCCCAGCGAGUGACAGCAGCUGAACUCCUGGCCCCAGCCAGCCCAGUCUAUGAAUAGCCGAAGGGAACCAGCAGAGCGGAGGGUCGUGCCCUCUGCAUCACCUCGCCAUGGGGGACAGCAGCUGCACCAUGGCCGGAGAACAGCUUUCCCAUCCCCAGGUAAAGUGGGGUCUCCUGCUGACCCCUGGGUGGCCAUCUCUGACUCCCCAGGGGAAGGCAGUGAGUGGGAGAAAGACCAAAACUGCUUCAAGGUGUCGGCAGAGAGAUCCACUGGGGGCUGAUCCCUGGGUCCUAAAGGAAAGUCUUGCCUGGUUCUACCCACACCCACCUCUCAGAAGAGCCCAGGAAUGGAUACACUUCUGGCCACGACCCUCAGGGAAAGGGCUCACAGAGAUGUUUGUGCCAAUCACACCCCUCCAUGGGAAGGAAACACCAGAAGAACAGGCUUUGCUGUAGGACUCGGCUUGGGGCUCCUGGUGGAGCGGGGCUGGGCAUGACAUCCAUCCUUCCCUUCCCUCCACUGCCGCCGCCUCCUAGCCCCGCUGCUUUGGAUUGCUGUUCCUCUGGAGGGUUGUGAUAGGGCAGCAGCCAGGGCCGAGUACCUGCUUGGAAUAAUGGUGCCCCGGAUCUCCCUGCUAAGAGCCUGGGUGCAGCAAGGAAUGGAAGACGAGGUGGGAACAUGUGGGGCUCAGGGUCGGAGAGCCACUGGAACAGCCUCUCUUGCCAAGUGACAACCUUCCCAGGAGAUUCCUUAAGAACAGAAAUAGGUAGUAGAGUCACUCUCAAGACCUGGUGCACAGAUAAAUGCCUAAAUGCUCACUGCCUUGAUCGCUGGGGCUACUUUUCCCAGCAUCCUGCGGGGCACCACAUCUCCACUCUGUUUACAUCCUGUGGCUGGUGGAGGGCACCAAUGCGCCCAAUAAGAGACUCCCAGUGUUGGGUCAGGCCAAGGAGCACUCCAAGAGCCUAGUGCCCCAGGACGUAGUGGUAGGCUGGGGUCUGGAAACACAUUUCUCGCCUAGGUUGUUUAUUUGAAUUUUUCUUACUAUAAAUAUUUAAGGUGGUUUUACUUUAUUUUAAUAAUUUAAUUUACCCAAAGUCCCUACAGUAAUUUAUUGGAGGUUAAGACAUGUGUUCUUGCCGCUGGGAUAACGCAAGGCUUUGGACAUGGUGGACAGGUGGGGGACCCGCAUGUGGAUGAGCCGGUUCAGCCACGCUCUGGCUUCCUGGUCAGGUUUGGGUGCCCUCCCCCAGCAGAGCUGGAGCCCCGCCCCUUGCUCCCCAGCAUCGCUGACUGUUGGUUCAGAGCGCUGCUUUUCCCUCCACACCUGGUACUUGCCCUGCCCCUGGAAGUCGGUCUAUAAGUGCUUGCUGACCGGCUGGAGGGCUGGACCCAUGCCACCACUUCCCCAAAGUUCUCUAUUUCCCUUCUUGUCUUCCCAUCCCCGCCAUCUGACCCUUUUUUUUUUUUAAUGAGUCCAACAUAGAUUACUGAGGUUCUACCGAGAGCAUGGAGAUCUCUCCAAGUUCCCCAAGUGAGAACUUGCAGGAAAACAGGACUGAACUUCGAGAAUGUUGUUUAUUGCAGCUUUGCACGUGGAUCUGAGAGUGUCUGCCAGCCUGCCUCAGUUCUCGCCCGCCCGCCAGCCUUUCCACCCACCUCUCUCCUUAGCCUUACAGCCUCUCGGCCUCUCACGGCUCUUCUCUCAGCCCCAACUCCACUGCCCGCCCUUCCCCUCGUGCUGUGCGGGCUGCUCGAGCCAUUGGAUAGAUUGUGACAAGGCUCAUCGCAGUUUGGCAGGGAGGCCUCAGGCGGCCUUCCCCUCCGUGCCGGUGAACCCAUUUUGGUUGCACACACACAUGCAGACACACGGCCUCCUAUACCUGGCUGGGCGCCCGGAGUGGAAACACCAGGAUGAAAUGGUUUGUCUGUGGAACUCUCCAUGAGGAAGACCCAAACCCAGCCACUUGGCUAGUUUGCCCCCAGGACUCAGGAUGCCUCUCCACUUCCACCUGCUCCUAAUUUGACCCUUUCAGGGUCACCUGGACCAGUUACCCAAAGUCCUUCAUCUCCAUUCCCUGUCAGUAGAACAUCAGGGUCAUGUUCGACCAGCCACAGAGUGACAUGUGGGUACAGCAGGCAGGCCAGUGGAGCCAUGUGCCAGGGCCCCGCUGGGAUGCCAUGCUCCCACCCAAGAGGUCAAGGGGCCCCUCCAAGGUUAUCACCAGGUGAGGGGACUCACCACAGGCCACAAGCCAUCAGAGGCCUUCUGCCACCUACCCGAGCCACAGAGGGCCAGGGAGUCUGCACUCCCAGCCUUGGGGAGAAAUCCCCAUGAGACCUGAACUUGCAGCCUGGGGCCAGACCGCUCAGCCUUACCAUCGUUCUCGUCCUCGUCGGAGAUUGUCCUUGCCGUCCUCGUCUCAGCGCCUGGCCACCCGGCCCCCAGCCGGUGUCAGAGCCUCCAGGGCUUGGUUAUUCAUAAAGUCCCAGUUUCUACUUCCUGCACAGAGUGGCCCCCGUGCGAGGUCACUCAUCACUGGUCCUGCAGAAGCCUCUGCACGAGGGGCUUGAUGGGGUAGAACACGUUGUAUGUAAAUACUCGUUUGGUUUGAUUUUUAACAUUUUAAUUGGUAACUGGUUGUGUUUUCUUCUGGGGGGUGGGGGGGUUGGUUUGUAAAAACUCUACUCUUUUGAAAUGUAAUUUCUAAGUUUGUUUGUUUCUUUAAAUGCCUUUUCAGCCUUGUAACAUUCCCAAAGCAGAAAACUGCCUGACCCGCAGUGGGGAUGCCCUGGAACACUGGGGCCCCUGGAAGGAAUGCUGCCCUCCUCUCUCUUCCCCUUCCUACUCCCCCUCUGCCUUUCUACUCCUGGCCCCUCCCCUUUCCUCCCCCUCCUCCUCUCCUGUUCUACUUCUUCCUUUCCCCCAUCUCUUCUCUCUUCAACCAAAGUCCCAAGGAACCCUGGGGUCCUAAUUCCCUUUCCCUACAGAUGGCUCGGCUUGGGCCCAUGGUGUUGGCACCAGUCGGUUAGGGGUAAAUGGAAGACCACUUGGUGUGGUUGACCCUGAACUGGGCGACCUCAUGUUUCUUCUGUUAGACCUCCUUCAAAGCCAAAUUAGACUCUUCUGGGGCCAUGAUGUCGGUGUUUGAAAUGGAAAUGCUACCCGUUUGGUGAAUCGGUGGCUUUAGACCCUGUAUGCACAAGGCCUCAGAGUCCAGUUCCAGUCCCCCUAUAGCCUCUGCCCCCACUUCUUUCCCCACCUAAGGCUGAUCAGUUUCAAAACACCUCCAAGAGGUCUUACUUUCUCUGAACUAAAGAUGGGCCGACCUCACGGCUUCCCCAGAGACACCCCUCUAGUGGUUGCUCUCCCAAGUGACAUAGUUGAAGGCCCCAAAACUUGACCCACUUACACCCUGACCAUGUGGCUCCAUCAUGCCUGCCCCCUGCACCUUCUACGGUUCCAUCACCCCGUCUGUUUUCCUCUUGCCCACCCAACUGCCAGGCCCUCCCCCCCCACUUCCUGUCCCGAAUGUUCCCCACACCCAUCCAUCCUCACCAGCCUGCACCAAGCUCCCGCAGCCUCCUCAUUAAUAAUAAUGGUCCCCUGCAUGCUCUACCUAGAGUGUUUUCUUUUUUAGAGAUCACUCCCCAUCGCACAUCUUUUCAGACCUUUCGGGGACAACUCUGGGAGUCAGCUUUGGCAGGACAGGGUUUAGCGCUCCCAUUUUGCAGAUGAAGAAACUGAGAAAUCCAUCCCAGCAUCACCUAACUGGGAAAUCAUUGAGUCUGAGUAGAACCUGGAUCCCCCAGCCCAAAUUUUGUUCUGCUUGCUGUGUGAAUGCACUGCCCCACUGGGUGUUCUGUGUGGAUACAGGAUGCCCUGCUCCUGCCCCUGCCCCACCCAGUUAUGAGAGCAGUCCGCCCAGAAUCACUGGGCUCCCGAGGGCAGUCUGGGAACCCCUUGCAUCGGAAUCCUCUGAGGGCAUGUCCAAAAUGCAGCUUUCUGGGCCAGGAACCCACGUGUCCCUCUCAGGGAGAGCCUGAGCGGCAGCCGCCCCACUGUUUGUGUUCAGAGCCCCGGGCGGUAGGCCACCUUUCUUGUAACCGAUAGCCACGACGCUGUAUCAUAAAAAGACCACUGUUCUGGGCAUUGGGGAACUAAUCCUCAAUCCAGCUCUGAUUUGGUCUGAUUACCCCGAGCAUUUCCAAAAACAAUCAGAGGUGUAAUACAGCAGAAAUAGAAUUAUUUUAAAUGUUAAUUUAGUAAGACUACAUCAACAGUCAAAAAGCAAGAAGUUAUCAUUCCCCAAAUCUUUCUGAUGUUAUUCCUAUAAUCAUGCAGUUAAAAUUUACUCUUGAGUUUCCUGGCAUCCACGGUGGAAAGAGAAAUGUGUCAGGUUCUGUGACUCCUCAUCCAGUCGUGGGAAGCAAGGUGGCUCCCAUGCUAAGGAGACACCUCUUAAUGCUACUAGUUUGUAGCACGUGUCCUUUCUUCAAAGCCCACUGACUAAGCCAACUCUGCUAUUUCAGCAGGUGAACCUAAGGUGCAAAGGUGUUUCCCAGCUGACUCUUUUAUAAAAUAACCAACUGCCACCAACUUGAAUGACCUUGGCCUCGGAUCAUGUGGCUACUUACUCCAUGCCUCAGUUUCCCCAGUUAUAAAGUGGGGAGAAUGUCCUUCUACCUCACAUGUCUGUGGUGAGGACCAAAUACAGCGCUGUGCCUGCGAGUCUGCUUGGGAAAGUGCCAUGUUCUACUCAGCCGGGAAGUGGUCGGAUCCCACUUGUCCCCCAGACAGUCCCUCAGUGACCCCCUCACUAGUCUCAGUGAAUAGAAAGUGGGCCGAAAGGUUAUCUGGACCAACUCCCUCACUUUUUAGAAAAACUGUUGCAAAAUAUUCGUAACGGAAAACCCAGUCGCCGUUUUAAGGACACUCGCGGUGUGAAACCAUGGCCCGCGUCCAUCUCCAGAACGUUUUCAUCACCCCACACUGACGCUGUACCCACGAAACGCUCCCCGUCCCCCUGCCCCAGCCCCUGGCAACCUCCGUUCUACUUUCUGUCUAUGAAUUUGCCUAUUGUGGGUAACUCUUCAUAAGUGGAAUCGGACGCUCUGUCAUUUUGUGUCAAACCUCAGUUUUCUGGAUGAGGAAUCAGGCCCAGAGAAGAGAAUGACUCGCCCAAGGUCACACAGCAAACUAGAGGCAGAGCCAGGACCAGAACCCAGGUUUCUGCAUCCCGAAUAGCGAUCAAGACACGACCCUGCCAUUCAGUGAUCUUGGUUGUGCCUCUUCCUCUAUCCGGCUGUCUGCUCGCUCCCCGCCUCUCACCAUCCUCUCUUUUAUCAUCUCCCUCAAGUCUUCCUUUUCUCCUGCUUCCUCUACUCUGCUGGUUCCCGCCUGCAGGCCCGGUGGCCCUGACCAACAGGCAGGUUUUCCUCUUUGGACCCUCAGCCCUCCUGCAAGGGCCUCCCCAGCAUGCUCUCCUCGCAUGGAUUUCCCUGCUGCCCUCAGCAGCCCCCAGGCUCACAUUCCUGUCUUACCAGGGAAGUGCCCUUGGCUGUGGCUUCCCAACCCUGAUGUUUUCCCACACUGAAGGACACCUUUCUCCAAUGCCUCCUCCAGCGUUAGCCCUGCCAGCCCUUCUCAUUGGGCUCGGGCCCAGCCACCCCCCAGCCCAGAAACGUCUCCAGUCCCAUCCUUGAGUCAUGUUCUUCUCUGUCCGUGGCCUCCUGGAAGGACCCAGCACCUUCCAUGGGGUGUGUGUGUGGUGGGGGUGCUUUGGACCCUCACUUCUGGCCUCCUCUCCCCUUCCCAGUCCUGCAUGUCUUUGACUGAGGAGACACAGCCUGGUUUGGUCAUCUGUCCAUCUGUCCGCUUGACAUCCCACCAUUCUCUCUGCUCUCCCUUGGGCCUCACCAGCUCCAGAACAGCUCUUCCUCUAAGAACCUGUAGCUGCCCCUGGCUCUGCCCCUUGCCCCUCCCAACAGUGUCUGCAGUUUGCAAAGUCCACAGGUCAGGACCCGAAGGAGACAUGGUGCUGGGCCUGAGUCCCCUGCACUGGGCUCCUCCCCAUUCCUCCCUCAUACUCCUUGGACCGUCCCUUGUCUCUCCCAUUGACCCGCUCCUGUCCCUUACUGCCCUCCACCAGCCCACUGGACCCCAGGCCCCAAGUAAAGGAGCUUUGGUUUCCCUUAGUAUCCUUGCAGGGCCAAGGUAUAAGGGCCUGGCUGCCUUGUCACACUACAGUAUUGUGAUGCUGGAACUGCUUCCAUGAUGAGAAACCUCAGCCAGAGCCUGGACACCUGGCCCAGGUCUGGGCCGACUUCCUAAAUUCUCUGAGUUCAGGUGGUGCUGUGAUUUUCUGAUGAGCAGCAGGGCGAUCCCUAGGGCCCCAGGGCAUCCCUCAUGUUUCGGGAGACUGCAUCACCAUCCUCUCUCCACUGCAACCUGGCCUAUCAGCUCUGCCCCUGAUGUCUGUGCCUUAAUUUACCUCUCUGCACAGGGGGCUCACUACAAGACUAUGCCUAGCAGCCUCCCGGGGAUUUGGUGCCUCUAAGGCUGGGCCCUGCCAGCUAUGGCCCAGCUCCCUGACACUACUGCCUUGGGGCGCCUGGUUGCUGAGGAUGAGGUACCUGGAGGUUCUCAAAGUAACUUCUAGAAGUGCAAGGUAUUGGCACCACCCAAGACCCACGGAAUUGGAAGUUCUGGAGUGAGGCCCAGCAAGCUGGGGUUUAGCAAGCCCUCUGGAUAAUUCUGAUAAAAUGAUAGUUUGCCAACUGCUGACCUGACUGAGACUGGCCCAGACCAGGAACAGCUGGGGAGCACCAACCUCUAGACUCCUGAGAGACUGGGAGCUCUCCCCACCUGCCCUUCCCCCACCACAAACAUGUUCUCUUCCUGGAGGCUGGAGGGCAGGGAAAAGGCAUGGAUUUUUCCUUUUUUCCCCUGGCUGGGUUCCACCUCUCCCACUUGUCUGAGUUUCACAAAAGGUUAUAGAGGCUUGUGCCAGCCAGGCAGGAGGUGGCAGUCCUGGGGGACAGGAGGAAAAGCCCUGAUCAUUUGUCCCUUGGCAACCUCAUCAUAGCUCAUGGCCUCUCUUCAAACAGAAAGAAACCUAACUCAAGAAGAGAAUCCUAAAUCCCCAGCUCCCCCUCCUCCCACCUCCUCAGAGACCUUGUAGAUGUGCCAAAAAACAGCUCUGACCCUCAGCGACUGGGGGGGGGGGGGGGGAGAGCCAGAAGCUGUCCUUCCUUUUCCAUCCUGCCCCUCCCAGCCCCUGCCAAUACUGUGAAGCCCCCUGUCUGCCCAGCCUGGUUUCCUGGGGAGGGUCCCUGUAGUCCUCGGCCCAGGGAAAGGUCUUCGGGAGGGAAGGGACCAAGGGCAUCCUUGGGCCAAAACUGCCUCUCCUGUUCAUUGUCCUCCUCCUCACUCCUUUCUUCAAAAGGCUCCUUCCCUGACUGGAUUGGGUGCUAGGACGACUGUAGUCCAAUCCACUAGCUCUCCCUGCCCCUGUGUCUUAUUUCAGACAAUAUGAGAAUAACUGUACAGUGUAAACUUGCAAAGGGUUUUUAAUGGUUGUAGAUUGGAAAUAAAGUAUGUCAUAUGAACAGUU